AUGAAAUCCAAAAGCAUUAAAAAAAAUAUGUCAAAUAAUUUAAUGAACAGUAAAAAAUCUAAAUCAAAAAUUAGGAAUAAAAGUUGGUCACAAAAGCCACUAAUGCAAAAUAGGUCAAGGUUAAAAAAAAUUCUUUAUGAAUUAAUAGAUUACCAACUGGAAAAAGGAGAAUAUCUGGAAGAUAAAAAUAUAGAAACCACAUCUGACACAAAUGAUAUUCACACUAAGAAUGAGAAAAUUAAUAUUAUCGCUGAUCCAAAUUAUGAAUUAGAACAGUUGAUAAAUAUGAUAAAAAUUCCAUUUCAUUUGGAAAAAUUGAUGACUUUCACAUUGCUAGCUUCAAUAAAUGAUUUAUUAUAUUUCUUUACUGUCUUGCCAAUAAAUAUAUUUGAAAGCAUUGCAAUAUAUAAAAAAGAUCCACCAUUUAGAUCGAUACAAACCUAUAAACAACGUUGCGCAUUGUGUCUUAUCAUUACUGCAUGUCUAGUGUUAAGCCAUCUUGAUACAUCAAAGGUGUAUCAUAGAAUCAAAAGACAAAACACUAUGAAGCUUUAUAUGCUUUUCAAUGUAUUAGAGAUGUGUGAUAAGAUGUUAGCUAGUAUGGGUCAAUCUUUGUUAAAUGUAACUUUAUCUGAUGAAUCCGUGAAGACUUAUAAAAUGAAAAGGUAUAAACAGAUAUUGCUAGUUUCUCUUAGUGCAAUAUAUUUAAUAGCACAUGGCUAUAUAUUGAUAUAUCAGUCGAUAUCUUUGAAUGUUGCAGUGAAUUCGUACAAUAAUUCCCUAUUGGCAUUAUUAUUAUCAUUACAAUUUGCAGAGAUUAAAAGUUCUGUAUUUAAAAAAACAGAUAAAGAAGGGUUAUUUCAAUUAUCCAUUAGUGAUAUUGUACAAAGAUUUAAAAUACUGUUAAUAUUAAUUAUUAUCAUUAUUCGUAACACAGGGGCUAUUAUUAAUAAUAGUAUGAGCAACGAUGUUUUAUCAAUAUCCACAUUAAUCAAGACAGCAUUACAUAACCAUCAUUUCAAGUCCUUGACACAAAAGAUUAUGAAACUAAUUUGGAGUCCAUUUGUGAGUAUUGUAAGUUGUGAAAUAAUAGUUGACUGGAUGAAACAUGCAUAUAUCACUAAGUUUAAUAGAAUCAGACCGGAAAUAUACGAAAAAUUCCAUUUAAUAAUGUGUAAAGACAAUGCGGUUGGUAUAUCACAGUUCGAAAAAAGGUUAGGAUUAAUAUUACCAGCCUAUGUCGUAUUGUCUAUUGUAAUGAUACGUCCUGUUAUGUUUCGUUUUGCUAAGAACUUGAUGCCUUUAAAACAGUUACCAAAUAGUUUAGCAAUAUCAAUAAGACUAAUCUGGAUAAUAUUUAUCAGUUUUAUUAUUUUAUUGAUGCUGAAGGUUGUUAUGAAUAGUAUUCUUAAGCAAUUGAGUAAGGAAUUUUUAUCUGAUCAAUAUGAAGGAACUAACAAUGUCCUUACAACAAGAGUGACUAAGUCAGAUUAUGUUCCUGGAGAAGUUGUAGAUGGCUUCGGAUUUAUGGAUCAAAGGACAAGAGAAACGAUUUACUGUGGUCGUGAUGAUAGCGAAUCUAAAAAAAAGAUACCAUUAAGUAUUGUUGAGAAACGAAUAAAACAUGAUAACUCAUUGCCUGACUCUUUGGAGACAGUAACCAGAUAUAAGAUGGUCUCUAAGAGAAUAUGGUAA